UUUCCUUUUUCUAUUUCUAUUUUUAUGCUGAUAAUUCCUUAUGCCGAGUGUCUUCAGUUUUGCGAGCCCUGCGUUGCAUUGUUUGCCAGCAGCCAUGGGCACCACUCUGGCCCUUCACUCACCUCUUGCACCUACUUCUCACCACUUUUCUUCGUCUUUUAGUUUGAGAAAUGGGCGUCGUUUAUUGAGAAAUGUUUCAAUUCAGAGUUAUAUUUGGACUAGCAAGCUCCAGGCGCAACCUGGGUUGUUGAGCGAUGGUUUCAGUCUAAAGGAGAGGGCUACUUCGAGCGGAGUCGCAGUGAAAUGCGCUCAAGAGAAGGCUGCUGCGACGGUCUCUCGGCCAGCCUUCACUCAGGAAGAAUUUGAGGCAUUUCUCGUGAAUUUGCAGAGCUCCAUUUGCGAUGAGGCAGCUACUGCGGAUGGAAGUGGGAAGAUGUUUGGGUUUGACAAAUGGCAACGAGGGGCUGACCCAUCGAAUGGGUAUGGUAUUACUCGGGUACUGGAAGGUGGAGACCUCUUGGAGAAGGCGGCAGCAAACGUAUCGAUAGUGCGGGGCAGUUUGUCCGAAGCUAGGGCUAAGGCAAUGAGUGCACGGGGUCGGGGUGUUGAAGCUGGGGCAUCGUACUUUGCCGGGGCACUCUCUCUUGUCUUCCAUCCUCGCAACCCUUACGUGCCUACCUUCAGAUCAGACAUCCGCUACUUUGUGGUCGAGGGCAGCCAAGGUUGGUUUGGAGGGGGCGCGGAUCUGACACCAUGCUAUCUUUUCGAGGAGGAUGCAAGAAGCUUUCAUGCAUUCUACAAGUCUAUUUGUGAUAAGUAUUCACCCAGUCUUUACGAAGAGAGCAAGGCAGCGUGUGAUGCUUACUUUUACAUACCAGCUCGUAAAGAGCACCGUGGAACGGGAGGGAUUUUUUUCGAUGACCUGGAAACCUUUCAGAAGGAUAGCGAUCAAACCGCGAAUGGAGGUGCCUCUGAAGAGCCAGACACAGAUGCAGUUUUUGCUUUCGUAAGAGACGUUGCACAGGGUUUCAUGCCGAGCUAUCUACCUCUAGCUAAUCGAAGACGAACAAUAGCUCAUGGUGAGGCAGAGAGGCAAUGGCAAUUGCUUCGUCGUGGGCGGUACCUGGAAUUCAAUUUACUGUAUGACCGUGGAGUGAAGUUUGGAUUAGACGGUGGCCGCAUUGAAUCUAUCAUGGUCUCAGCUCCUCCUUUGGUGGCCUGGAAGUAUGAUGUUGCCCCAGAACCAGGGUCUCGUGAAGCAGAGCUUGUGAAGAUCCUUCAAAACCCUCGGUCGUGGACGUAGCGUAUGUUGUGGCAUACGAAAAAGUGUCCAAUGUGGGCGAUCAGCUCUAACUUUAGUUUUCAUGCACCAUUAGUUUCAUACUCAGACCAAAAUUUCCGUCUGGCUAGGGAUAGGAAGGACAUUCUUGUUCGAUUGUCAAUGGGAGAUUCUCUGGCUGACCCAGAUGACGUGCUUUUCCAGUUUGGAUUGUAGUGGAAAUAUGUGAUGGCCAGUUUGAAUGAUGAGGAAGGCUCGAAGUUUUCAUAUCAUAUUUUAUCCA